ACCUCAAUCAGGCAACACAGAAGGUGUUCAAUGCUGGCUCCGCUUUUAGGCAGUGCCUAAAUCUAUAUAUUACCUAGGUUAGGGAUCUCCUAUCCCCCAGGUUAGAGAUCUCCUAUCCCCCAGGAUAGGGAUCUCCUAUCCCCCAGGUUAGGGAUCUCCUAUCCCCAAGGUUAGAGAUCUCCUAUCCCCCAGGUUAGGGAUAUCCUAUCCCCCAGGUUAGGGAUCUCCUAUCCCCCAGGUUAGAGAUCUCCUAUCCCCCAGGUUAGGGAUCUCCUAUCCCCCAGGUUAGGGAUGUCCUAUCCCCCAGGUUAGGGAUCUCCUAUCCCCCAGGCUAGAGAUCUCCUAUCCCCCAGGUUACAGAUCUCCUAUCCCCCAGGUUACAGAUCUCCUAUCUCCCAGGUUAGGGAUCUCCUAUCCCCCAAGGUAGAGAUCUCCUAUCCCCCAGGUUAUGGAUCUCCUAUCCCCCAGGUCAGGGAUCUCCUAUCCCCCAGGUUAGAGAUCUCCUAUCCCCCAGGUUAUAGAUCUCCUAUCCCCCAGGUUAGGGAUCUCCUAUCCCCCAGGUUAGGGAUAAUAAAAGGACUCGAUCUUAUGGAUAUUUUCAUCAGUAGCGAGUAAACAAAAAUGGGCGCGCUGAGAGAACAGCAAAUUUCUAAAAAGCCGAAAUCUCAGGCUGGACGUUUUUAAAAGGUUCUUAUAAAAAAAAAGAGUGUAUCUCAAAUGCACUUAUUCUUCUUAGUGAUAUACAACACUUUUUCCCAUUUAUUACUCUCGCCAUUAUUGAGGCUAUCAUAUAAAUCCUGUCGCGGAAGUUUGCAUCUCACACUCAUCAUCAACUCGAAUUUGCGUCAUAAGUGAAGCUGUACUAAUAUAUCAUAAUAGAAAUUUUCUGCAUGAUAUCACUAAGGCUAUUAGUGGCUACAACGCGAUAAUCACGCCAGCUGUUGUGAAACACAGCGCUCACAUUUGUAUAAUACUCGCAUGGCUCACCUAGGAAUAAUCUCGAUUUCUCUCUUCCUGUUGUUUCUUGGCCUUGCAUUAUUUGCGCUUACGUACGGAAUAUCAGGAUGGGGGAACGGAGAUGCAGUGAAUGACCAUAUCGACAUUGUGCUAAAACUCACGGAUUAUGCUUGCUUAUGGGCUGGCAUACCGACUUUGAUCACUUCAAUGUUUGGGAUGGUUACCGGGUGCGUGCGCAAGAUGGGAAUGUUCAUCGCGUUGCUGCUAUUUGACAUCAUCACGUGUCUGUGCAACGUCGCAAUGGUGUUUCUUGUUUCCUUCAAGACAUGUAAAGAAUUUGAGGUUCUCGGCCUUAGCUGUUUUAAGAAGUUGACUGUGACUUAUUUCAUUUCCGCGCUUAUCGUCGCCGCCGCUAUGAUUGCUUUGCUCGCCCUCGUCUCCGCUAUCCUCGCCGGCAUCAAGAUAAACAAACUUGAGAAGGAAAGCCAAAGGAGACGGAGGGCGUCUCAGCGUUCCUUUAAUCCUCCUGAGUUGUCUCCGUCCAUAUGGCCGAUGGUUCCGCCUUAUGAGACGCAGAGUGGACAAAUACGAGUGGAAAGACACAACUUCUCGCGAUCAUUCAAUAACAAAGGAUAUGAGGAGUCUGGAAGAAUGAAAUAACCGCACGAGGAUGUUCUACUGCCGGAUAAGGUUACACUUGGACAAGCCCAUCGCCCCGCAAUGCUUCAUUGGUACCCAAUAGAUUAGUGUAAAUAAAAUCAAUAAUUAAAAUCUAGCUUUGAAAACCUCUAAGAGAGGUUUUCAAAAUCCCGUGAAAUACUAUUUAGUUUAUUUAGUACUAAUACACUCUGAUGUCUUUUGUUCUGGCUUUACUAUUACACUUUAACAGUUACAUUUUGUUUCACCUGAUUUGAAAAACAACUCUAACAUCCCCAUUAAAUUCAGAGACCAGGAUAAGCCGUGAGUUACCCAAGAAUUGCGGUCUACGACACAUUGACAUUAAUACAAGAACACGAAAAGAAUGGUUUUAUGCAGUUCUGGGCAUUUGGCGUAACUCUCGGCUACGAGCACAGCUGAUAGUAGCACCGUAAACUGUAUUUUGUGACAAUAAAUAUUAAAGAUAAAGAGAAUAAAGUAAAACUCGAUCUAA